UUUUAACAUUGUUUCUUUUUUUUGCAGAUUUCUUGCCCUCCAUGAAAAGGUUGCUAACGAACAAAACCUACUUCCUGUAUCUGAUUACAAACAUUAUAAUGUUCAACGCCUUCAUCAUAUUAAUAACAUACUUACCAAAAUACUUUGAGCAGCAGUUUGGAGAAUCUGCAUCUAAAACAAACUUUUUCAUUGGAAUCACCAAUAUGCCUGCUAUUUCUCUGGGCAUUUUAUGCAGUGGGUUUAUAAUGAAAAAAUUCAAACUGGAUGUCUAUAAAGCCGUGAAGUUGGGCCUACUGACAGGCAUUCUUGGAUUACUUGCUACAUUGCCUCUUUUUGCAUUGAGCUGUGCGAAUUCGGACAUAGCUGGAGUGACUGUUUCUUAUGAAGGAGUGCCAGUUGCCCAGCCGAGCAACCUGUUGUCUACCUGUAACUCUGACUGCCAUUGCUCCACGUCUCAGUGGGACCCAGUCUGUGGUGAAAAUGGUCUCACCUACAUUUCUCCCUGUUUAGCAGGAUGCAAACAGUUGCAAGGAUUUGGAAAAAAUACGACAUAUCAGGACUGCAGGUGUAUUGCAUCUUUCCCAUCAGGAGCUUCUAACUUCUCCUCCACACUGGGACAAUGUCCACGAGACAAAAAGUGCUCCAAGAUGUUUAUCUAUUACAUUGCUUUCCAGUCCCUCAGCUUUUUUCUCUACUCUCUGGGAAGUGUUCCCAUGUAUAUGCUUAAUCUAAGGUGUGUUGAACCAGAACUAAAAUCAUUGGCUAUUGGCAUUUUCACGAUGGCAAUGAGAACAUUAGCUGGGAUACCAGCCCCCAUUUAUUUUGGGGCCAUCAUUGACUCUGUUUGCAUGAUCUGGGGAGUCAGAACAUGUGGAGGAAGAGGAGCAUGUCGGAUGUACCAGAUGGAUAAUUUCAGGUACCUCUUCCAGGGAAUGAUCUUGGGAUUCCGCCUGUUGGGCUUUGUCAUUUUUGGAUUUGUCAUUUUCCGAGUUAAAAAGAAAUUUAAAAAUGAUCAAAAAGAAUCACCUGCAGAGGUCCAGCUCAUGGUCAAAAUGGACACAGAAGGCAGACCCUGUGGGGUAAAUGUAGAGCACCUGGCAGAGAAGGAAUUAGAGCCAGUGCUUAGAAACUUGUCUUUUUACCUGGAACUUUAUUUUUUUUUAAAUAUUUGUCAAUUGUUACGCUUAUAGUUUUAAUUACAGUACACAAAGUGGAAUGGAGGCAUCAUACAUUGGGACCGAGAGCAAAAGAAGAAGCGGAAGCCCAUCUCUGAUGCCUAAAUGCAGGAAGCACAUUGUGUCAGAUGUUCAGAGACUCUCCUGAGUUUGGACCUAUCUGAACUCUAAAGAAACAGAAUUUGCUAAUUGAAAAUGAAAAAUGGGUUUUAGAGUUGAUUUUUAUGACUGAGCAUUUAUAUUGUGGGGAGUGUGUCGUGAUUCAAAAAUCCAAAUAUACAGAGCGUGCAAUGAGAAAGGUUCCUUUUAAUCAUUUUUAUUAAAAAUGUAUUUACACCUAGUGGGCUGACAUCAAAGCAGAAAUUUCUUUUGUGAAUGUUGGUAUAAAGUAUCAUAAUUUCUACUGACUUUUUGGUAGCCAUUUAUGAGCCGCCUGAAGUGGUUGUAUAUUGUGGUGAUAUUGUUAUUGUGAAAAAUCAAACAUAGAAGGUUCAGCUUAGGGGGACAAAAACGUUUGAUAGUUGUAGCACUUACUCACCUAUAAUCCAGAGCUGAAUGAGUACAGUCUCCAUGUUAAGAACAUUGGGCUCUCCAUAUAAAGUGUUGUGUGGUGUGGUGGGCCUAUCCCUGCAACAGCAGACACAAGAAAAGAAAAAGCCCUGGAUGAUCCGCUUGUUCUCUUUAAAGCACAGUUACUCACUAACUCACCCACACUCACACUUAUGCAAAACUUAAAAGUAAUCAAUAAACUUAGACAGUACUUCUGGGCCAGGGUUUGAUAUCAGGAAUCUGGAGCUGAGAGGCAGCAGGCCUAACUUCUGAAAUGUUGUUCCACAAAAAAUUAAAAAGUAAAUAGAUGGAGCUGGUUGAAGUAGAAUGGAUAAGGGCUAUAUUUUAUCACACAAGGAUUAAAAUCCUGCUCAUCUGUCUAGUUUCAGCCAUCCCAAAUCAUGUUCAUGUGUGCCACACACACUCAAUGCCAAGCUAUGUGUUAAUGUAUAACUAGGUCAGUAGUUUUGUUCACAUCCCUACGUUGCACCAGCCGCCGACAAGAAAGGUCCUUGCAUCAUGUGACGCUGAAAUGUAAUAAAACAGGUUGACAUUGUAAA